UUCGGCUUCCUUGCAAGGCUGGAACGUUCAUGUCGCAAACGAGGAGGCUCUCUCAGUCGUUUACCCAGUCACAGGUAGAUUCAAUAUCCGCGUCGAGUGCGGUCUUACCACCGGAAUCAGAGGUGUGGACUGCCAGAUGGAAUGAAGUCUUUGCCAGGGAUAUUAUCGACUCCCGUAUUGUCACCGUUAGUGCAGAAAUCAGUGUAGAGGACGCUUGCGACAAACUUCUCUCGGAAGAUAUUCCUUGCCUUGCGAUACAAGCAAAUCAGGAGAUCCAUGAACUUUCCGGACUCUUUGACUAUGCAGACGUGAACGCUUUCUUGACACUCGCCGCGACGAAACACAGGUUUGGUCCAGAAAACCUUCACGACAAUCCCCGCGUUGAAGAUAUCUUCAAAGCUGCAAAGGCUGGAGAUGUGCCAGUAUACAUCGUCAGCAAUCUUUCCGAGAAGAACCCCCUCAAAGUCUUACCCCACGACGCGACGAUCAUAUCUUUAUUGGAGAUAUUUGCCAAAGGGACUCAUCGAGUGGUCAUCAGAUCAUCUCCACCUUCAACGAACUAUGACGGAUUUGUCUCUGACCGUCGACUACUAUCGUGGUUUGCUGCUUUUGCAGAGGAAACCCCAUCUCUUCGAUUGUUUAUAUCUAACUCUCUCCGAAAUCUCUCGUUUCCGUUGCUCAAUAUCUUCUCUUCCGUUGUGGCAACAACCUCGAAAUCCACUGUUCUAGAAGCGAUGCGCCUGAUGAGUGACGAAGGAGUGAGCAGUAUUGCAAUUCUUGACGACGACGUUGGAACCCUUCUUAGCGCCGUUAGUGUCACAGACAUCGCAAAGAUUGUAGUACCUUCUCAGGGUAAUCAGAUCUUGCAUGCACCUUUGCAUCAGUUCAUUUCCUACAUCAAGGAUCCGGAUGGCUCCACCGACGGCGUUGAUAAAUUUCCCGUUUACUCUGUCAGCCCGAAUAGCACUCUUCUCUAUACCAUACAGAAGAUUUUAGCCACGAACGCCCACCGGGUUUUUGUCAUGCACGAAUCAUCGCCCGAGUCGUGCUCCCCCAUCGUAUCGUCAUUAUCUGCCGGGAAUCUAAGUGGAAUCGUUUCCAUAGUUGAUAUUCUGUCACUCUUUGCAAGAUUAGCGAACGUGCAAGAUGUUGACCCCACUCGGAUGCAGCGACACCGCAGAGCUUCAUCUGUGUCCUCUCAAUCAUCAAGGUCAGACAGAAUCGAAUUUGCUCGGUCAAGAUCUAGCAGCAGGGCCAGUGGGGUCAAAAUCUCUAUCAACCAGCCCAAAAUUCAGAGCACUCGUACAUCCGUCCCUGGCUUGGACUCAUCAACAUCACCGGGCUUCAAAACGUGA